UCUCACGCUUUUUGCACAUUCUCUUUUUCUCUUACCAGGAGAUUCACUCAACUUUAGACGAGCAAUCUUGUCUUUAGCCUUUUCCUUUUUGUAACGAACAUCUCAAGGUACGUGCGUUCGCCGUUGCGUUCCCCCGCUACAACUCUAUCAGCCUUGCACCCAGCUUGCUUGGAAUUCUACUUUACCAUUUUUUCUGUAUACCUUUGUUGCAGCUUGAAUAGCUUCAGAAUCUUUCAGCAGACCACUGUCGGAUUUGCUAUUUCUGCUUGCGCCGGUUGCUCCCAGCCGAAGUUUGAAUUCUGAGCAUUCUGUACCCCUCCAUCCACUGCCCACCUUCACCGAUUAACACAAUAAGUUUCACCAGUAUCUAACGUCUUCAACAGUCACGAAUUCCCUUUGAUACCCGACACAAUGUCUGAGACUUUCGAGUUCCAGGCUGAGAUCUCUCAGCUUCUCUCUCUCAUCAUCAACACCGUCUACUCCAACAAGGAGAUCUUCCUCCGAGAGCUUGUCUCCAACGCUUCCGAUGCCCUAGACAAGAUCCGAUACAAGUCCCUUGCGGACCCUAGCCAGCUUGAGUCUGGCAAGGACCUCCGAAUUGACAUCAUCCCCGACAAGGCCAACAAGACCCUUACCAUCCGUGAUACCGGUAUUGGUAUGACCAAGGCUGACCUUGUCAACAACCUGGGUACGAUUGCCCGCUCCGGUACCAAGCAGUUCAUGGAGGCCCUCACUGCCGGUGCCGACGUUUCCAUGAUCGGUCAGUUCGGUGUCGGUUUCUACUCCGCCUACCUUGUUGCCGACCGUGUCACCGUCAUCUCCAAGAACAACGAUGACGAGCAGUACAUCUGGGAGUCCAGCGCUGGUGGUACUUUCUCCAUCACUGAGGACACCGGCAGCGAGCAGCUUGGCCGCGGUACCUCCAUCAUCCUCCACCUCAAGGAGGAGCAGACCGACUACCUGAACGAGAGCAAGAUCAAGGAGGUCAUCAAGAAGCACUCCGAGUUCAUCUCUUACCCCAUCUACCUCCACGUCGAGAAGGAGACCGAGAAGGAGGUUCCUGAUGAGGAGGCCGAGGAGGUCACCGAGGAGGGUGAUGACAAGAAGCCCAAGAUCGAGGAGGUCGAUGACGAUGAGGAGGAGAAGAAGCCCAAGACCAAGAAGAUCAAGGAGACCAAGAUCGAGGAGGAGGAGCUCAACAAGCAGAAGCCCAUCUGGACUCGCAACCCCCAGGACAUCUCCCAAGAGGAGUAUGCUUCCUUCUACAAGUCUCUCUCCAACGACUGGGAGGACCACCUUGCUGUCAAGCACUUCUCCGUCGAGGGUCAGCUCGAGUUCCGUGCCAUCCUCUUCGUUCCCAAGCGCGCUCCCUUUGAUCUCUUCGAGACCAAGAAGACCAAGAACAACAUCAAGCUCUACGUCCGCCGUGUCUUCAUCACUGACGACGCCACCGACCUCAUCCCUGAGUGGCUCGGCUUCGUCAAGGGUGUUGUCGACUCUGAGGAUCUCCCUCUCAACCUGUCUCGUGAGACUCUCCAGCAAAACAAGAUCAUGAAGGUCAUCAAGAAGAACAUCGUCAAGAAAUCUCUUGAGCUCUUCCAGGAGAUCGCCGAGGACAAGGAGCAGUUCGACAAGUUCUACAGCGCCUUCUCCAAGAACCUCAAGCUUGGUAUCCACGAGGACUCUCAGAACCGAUCCAUCCUUGCCAAGCUCCUCCGAUUCAACUCCACCAAGUCUGGUGAUGAGCUUACCUCCCUCUCCGACUACGUCACUCGCAUGCCCGAGCACCAGAACAACAUGUACUACAUCACUGGCGAGUCCAUCAACGCUGUCUCCAAGUCUCCCUUCCUUGACGCUCUCCGCGAGAAGGGCUUUGAGGUUCUGUUCCUCGUUGACCCCAUUGACGAGUACGCCAUGACUCAGCUCAAGGAGUUUGAGGGCAAGAAGCUUGUCGACAUCACCAAGGACUUCGAGCUCGAGGAGACCGAUGAGGAGAAGAAGGCCCGUGAGGAGGAGGAGAAGGAGUACGAGCAGCUUGCCAAGUCUCUCAAGAACGUUCUCGGCGACAAGGUCGAGAAGGUUGUUGUCUCUCACAAGCUCGGCUCCUCCCCUUGCGCUAUCCGAACUGGUCAGUUCGGUUGGUCCGCUAACAUGGAGCGUAUCAUGAAGGCCCAGGCCCUCCGUGACACCUCCAUGUCCAGCUACAUGUCCUCCAAGAAGACUUUCGAGAUCUCUCCCAAGUCUGCCAUCGUCCAGGAGCUCAAGAAGAAGGUUGAGAACGACGGUGAGAACGACCGCACUGUCAAGUCCAUCGUUCAGCUCCUCUUCGAGACCUCUCUCCUUGUCUCUGGUUUCACCAUCGAGGAGCCUGCUGGUUUCGCCGACCGCAUCCACAAGCUUGUCCAGCUCGGCCUCAACAUUGAGGAGGAUGAUUCCGCCCCUGUCGAUGCUGAUGCCACCGACGCCCCUGCUGCUGCCGCCACUGGUGACAGCGCCAUGGAGGAGGUCGACUAAACGAUAUGCAUUCUAAACGGGAUACCAUAAAAAGUCAACGGAGUUGAAGGGUUUCGGUUUUUACGAGCAACAAGGUCUUUAUUUUCUGGUUUUUAUGCGGACUUGUCGGAUUUGAGCAGCUGCCUUAUCUGCCAUAAUUCCCCUUUUUCGGAUGGGGUGUAACUCUAGUUAGCUCUAUGAUCACGAGAGAGAUGAAGUAGAUGCGAAAUGGAAAUGGUUAGAACAUAA